AUGGCGCCGCUCAAGAUUCUCAUCGUCGGGCCCAAGGAAGCCGGCAAGUCCACAAUCGCCAAUUUUCUCGCCGAACAUACGGACCGCCUGGGUAGCCAAGAGCGCUAUCAACCGACUGUUGGUGUCCGUAUCCUCGAGCUCGAGAAGGGCAAAACGAAUGUGGAGCUCUGGGACGUGUCAGGAGACCAGAACUAUGAGGCGUGCUGGCCUGCAGUGAUGAAGGAGACAGACGGUGUUAUUCUUGUCUACAACCCGGAGUCUCAUGUCCACGAGAGCGAGGCCAUGCUCUGGUACGAGUGGUUUAUUCAGAACGCUGGCUUGGACAGUUCUCAGUGCCUCGUAUUCGAGCACUCGACGGGGAACAAUAAUAUGGCAAUGCCACUGGCUUCGAAAUCUCGUCUGCCGAGCCAUUUGCGUGUUGUUGCGACUACAUUCGACACCCCCAACGUUUUCAAGAGCGAGUUCAGUCGACUCGUUACUGCAGCUCUCGAACGCCAACAGCGCCGCAAAUAA